AUGGGCAGUAGCCCAAUUCAUUCAGCAAUGGUAAACGUGCAGGUCAAAAUCUCGGAUGUCGAGGGCAAAAUCGUCGCCGUAUACUUUUCGGCCAACUGGUGCCUUCCAUGUCACCAGUUCACCAAAGCCCUGACCAAUGCUUACGAGCAGCUCAAGGAUCGCGGUUUCGAAAUAGUCUUCGUCUCGUCCGAUGAAGACCAGUGUGCGUUCGACGAGUACCGUGCCUUGAUGCCGUGGCCAGCAAUCCCAUUUUCUGACAUGGGCACAAAAAGAGCUUUGAGUAGGAAGUUUGACGUGGAAAGCAUACCCUGCUUGGUCAUUUUGGAACCGGACGGUGAUAAAGACUCGACGAUUGUAGAUGGGGUCGAUCUCAUUUACCAAUACGGGGCACAAGCUUAUCCGUUUACCAAAGAUAGGUUGGACGAGUUGAUGCGGCUCGAGAAGGAGAAGCACGAAAACCAGACUCUGCACGAUUUGCUCACUAACCGUGAAAGAGAUUUUCUCUUGAGUAAUUCAAAUCCGAAACAGGUUCCCGUCACAUCACUAACCGGGAAAACGAUUGGACUCUAUUUCUCGGCUCAAUGGUGCUCCCCGGCCAUGAAAUUCACCCCCAAAUUGGCCUCCAUCUACCGGAAAAUCAACCAAGAAACGGGCUUGAUGAACGGGACAAAAAGCUUUGAGAUAGUGUUGGUGUCGAGUGACCACAGUCAAACUUGUUUCGACUCGUACUUUGGUACCAUGCCCUGGCUGGCCCUGCCUUAUGGGGACCCCAACAUAAAAAAGCUGGCGAAAUAUUUCGACGUUCGGGGGAUUCCGAGCUUGGUUAUUUUGGGGACGGAUGGGAAAACAGUGACAAAGUCGGGAAGGAACCUGGUGAACCUGUAUCUGGAGAAGGCUUACCCAUUCACGGGAGACAGAAUAGAAUUACUGACGAGGCAGGCGGAUGAGGAGGCCAAGAAGCUUCCGGAAUCCGAGUACCACUCGGGCCACCAACAUGAGCUGACAUUGGUGUCGGAAGGGAAUGGAGGGGGGCGCUUCAUAUGCUGCGAUUGUGAAGAGCAAGGGGCCGGAUGGGCCUACCAAUGCAUCGGGUGUGGGUAUGAGGUGCACCCAAAGUGCGUGAGGACCGUUUGUAAGGGGUGA